AUAUAAAUACCUCUCCAGGUAUCGCCUGCAGACCCAUACAUUUCCAUUCUCGGUUGGGAUCUCCGGCGAUGGCGGCGGCGGAGGGCGCAGUGGCUCCGCCGCCGACGGCGGCGCCGCCACCGUCGCCGCCGCGGCCGAAGUCGCCGCCGGGCUACCCCGACCUGUGUGGGCGUCGCAGGUUGGGCGCGGCGGUUCAAGUACUUGACCGCGAAAUCGCAUCUCUUGAGGCGGAUUUACAAUCACUUGAAGGACUAGAAUCUGUUUCCAGUUGCUGCCAAGAGUAUGUUCGGGUGAAUGAAUUUGUUGGCACGAAUCCGGAUCCAUUUAUACAUACGCAGAACUGAGAAGCAAAAGGAAUCGCACCAGGUUGGGAAGCGGUUCCGGAUGUGUUUCAACUUCCAAUGGAUUUGCUGCUCCAAUGGCUUCCCUCCAAAGGCAAAAAGACCAAUUUGCCCUUUAGGACAACUGAAAACCUUAUGUUGCCGCCGCUGUCACGGUGGAUGCAAUUGCUGCAGCUGCUGCGAUCUUUCUUGCUGCAGAGUUUUGUGUUGUAGCCGCCCGAGUUGCUCGUGCCCAGAAUUUUCUUGCGGUUGCAUCUGUUCUUGCUCAAAAUUUACAGAGAAAUGUUCCAGGCGUGGGUGCAGUAGUACUUCUUGCAUCAGCAAGUGUCUGUGUUGACUGAGGAAGUUUUGAUGCAUUCCAUCAUGCUUUAACUUUUGUUGCGAGUUCCAUGUGAUUCUAUUUUGGAUUUAAAUAAGACAUUGCUGAUUAAAUUUUGUGCUCAUUCUAAUUUCAUUUACUUGAAAACUUGGAGAAUUGAUAGUUUGAACUUUUCAUACUACUGAGUGCAUCAAGAGAAGCAAA